UAAAAGGAAAAUACGCGUGGAAUCCAGUGUAUUUUUAUGUUCCAUAUGAACUGGCUAUUGGCUGUCACACACGCACAUGCACACGCCUCGUAUACUAACUACUUCUCAACUCUCUCUGUAUUUCUUUUUUUGUAAUUGUUUGUUUCUUUUAGGGUGCUAAGUUUGAACGCUGUCUUUUUUCCAUGCUUGUUUGCCAGUGGGGACCGACACCCAUUUCUUCACCACACCUCACCUCACCUCACCUCCCCCAACACCCAACACACACACAUUUAAACUGUAGUAGAUAAAGAGCCGUUUCUCUCUACUCGCAUCUUUUCAAAUACUCUCUCUUUCUCUCUUGCUGUGUCUGCUUGGGUGGUCAUUAUUGCCUCUUUUCUGUAACUUUCUCUCCGGACCCUUCUCCUCCAAUUGAUAAUGUAAAACGCUGCAACACCAAAAAAAAGCAAGAAAAAAGUGGGCUUUUUUUCCCUCUUCGAUUCUUUCCCUUCAUUUUUAACGAGUCUUGUGUUCGAACUACGGGAACAUGGCUGGUUACUGCAUUUUCUCUCUUUUGGUUAUCAAUAUUUGCUUGCUGCUGGGUUCGUCUUUUGCUGAUGAUCCCUAUGGUAACUAUGAGUUCGUGGUUUCGUACAUUACUGCUUCUCCACUUGGGGUCCCCCAGCAGGUAAUUGCUGUAAAUGGGAAAUUUCCAGGUCCCACUAUCAAUGUAACAACCAACUACAAUGUUGUUAUCAAUGUGAGAAACAAACUAGAUGAGACCCUCUUAAUCCACUGGUCUGGGAUACAGCAGAGGAGGAGUUCAUGGCAGGAUGGGCUGCUCGGAACAAAUUGCCCCAUCCCACCAAAGUGGAACUGGACUUACCAGUUUCAGGUUAAGGACCAGGUUGGGAGCUUCUUCUACUUCCCCUCACUCAACUUCCAGAGAGCUUCAGGAGGUUUUGGGAGCAUCAUUGUUAAUAAUCGAGCGAUUAUUCCUAUCCCUUUUGACACCCCUCAUGGGGAUAUUACCAUUGUGAUAGGUGACUGGUAUACCCAGAAUCACACGGCAUUGCGGAAGAGCCUCAAUGGUGGGAAAGAUCUUGGGAUGCCAGAUGGGGUCCUGAUUAAUGGAAAAGGACCUUAUAGGUAUAACGAUACUCUAGUCCCUGACGGCAUUGAUCAUGAAACGCUAACAGUGCAACCGGGAAAAACCUAUCGGAUCCGUGUCAGCAACGUUGGAAUUUCAACUAGUUUGAACUUUAGAAUUCAGAACCAUAACUUGCUUCUAGCAGAAAGUGAGGGUUCAUAUACAGUACAACAGAACUAUACUAGCUUAGACAUACAUGUGGGACAAUCGUACUCCUUUUUGGUGACCAUGGAUCAAAAUGCAAGCAGUGAUUACUACAUUGUUGCUAGUGCAAGGUUCGUCAAUGAGACCACGUGGCAGAGAGUCACUGGUGUAGGCAUCUUGCAUUACACAAAUUCUAAAGGAAAGGCAUCUGGUCCACUUCCUGACCCACCUCAAGACCAAUAUGACAAGACAUUCUCAAUGAACCAGGCGAGAUCUAUCAGGUGGAAUGUGACCGCUAGUGGUGCUCGCCCAAAUCCUCAAGGUUCCUUUAGAUACGGUUCGAUCAAUGUGACCGAGGUGUAUGUUCUGAAAAACAAGCCUCCGGUGACAAUUGAUGGGAAAAGACGAACUACACUUAGUGGGAUUUCCUUUGUCAAUCCUGCAACACCGAUCAGACUUGCAGAUGAGUAUAAGUUGAAGGGAAUAUACAAGCUAGACUUCCCUACCAGGCCAAUUACAGGGCCACCUCGGAUGGAAACAUCAGUUAUCAACGGCACGUACAGGGGAUUUAUGGAAGUGAUACUGCAGAACAACGAAACCAAGGUUCAAACAUAUCACAUGAGCGGAUAUGCCUUUUUCGUCGUGGGUAUGGAUUAUGGUGAAUGGACCGAGAAUAGCAGGGGCACUUACAAUAAGUGGGAUGGUAUUGCUCGAAGCACAGCACAGGUAUAUCCUGGAGCAUGGACAGCAAUUCUGAUCUCCUUGGACAAUGUCGGAAUCUGGAAUCUGAGAACUGAAAACCUCGACUCCUGGUAUCUAGGACAAGAAACGUACGUAAGGGUUGUGAAUCCAGAGCCAAACAACAAAACAGAGUUCCCAAUGCCAGAUAACACCCUCUACUGUGGUGCACUAAGCAAAAUGCAGAAGCCACAGGAUAUAUCUUCUGCAGGCAGCAGGCAGAAAUGGCUGGCCGGCUUCAUACUGAUAAUCUCUGCGCUGUUUUCAGCGUUCGCUUGAGAAGUUCUUGGUUGGCGCCUCGUUUGUUGCUGUCUGCGGGAGCCUGGCUUUGGUUUUGAGGAAUUGCUAUUGUGGGAUUUCAUGCUGUAGUUGUAGUAAUUGUUGAUAAGAAUUGUUAGACGUUUUAACCUCUAUUUUUUUCAUCUUUUUUUCUUUUCUAUUGAGUCUUUGUUUAAGUUAUGGAUUCAUUAUCAUUCUUUUAUCACUUUUGAUUAACUCUCAAUGUAAUGCCCAAGAUUCUUCAAUUCUUAACUUCAGCAGGAGUUCAAAUGCUUGCUGUAACUCUUUUCCA